CAGCAGUGUUAAUAUUUUUGGCAGAAGACGAAAGCAUAAUGGUGCGAGGUAUACUUGUAGCGUUUGUGGUGGCGGUGGUUGCAGUGGCGAUCUAUGUAGUGCUCGAGCCUAUCCCUCAGGGUGUAGACAGCCCAUGGACGGUGAAACUUGCUUCGAUAACUAUCAUGAUUUCUGAUUAUGGUAUGAUGGCCCUACCGACCGGCAUCAACGACUGGCUGGAUGAGCGAUCCAGAGCAGACUCACGGGCAUCCGAGCCGCGAGUACCGUACAGAGACGCGGUGUUUGACAGGGUACCAGUCCGGAUAUUUGCCGAUGAGCCGGUGGGAGGGGAGACCGAUAAACGGCCGGCCAUCGUCUUCUUCCACGGCGGAGGUUUCAUAUCUUGUAGCGUAGAUGUCCAUCAUCCGCUAACAGCGAUGUUGGCAAGGGAACUGAACGUUGUUGUUGUUUCUGUCGAUUACCUUUUGGCGCCAAAAUAUCCAUUCCCCGCGGCAAUAGACGACUGCACAGCUGCCACGGUCUGGUUCCUGAAGCACCUGAGCGAUUUCAAUGUCGAUCCUGCGAGAGUUGCCAUCAUGGGCGACAGCUCUGGUGGCAACUUGGCUGCAGCAGCGGCUCAACGUUUAACCUUUGACCCAGAGUACCGCGAUCUGCCCACGCCCAAGCUGCAAGUCAUGAUCUAUCCGUGCUUACAGGCGUUUGAUUUCCACACGCCUUCCUAUCAGCAAUAUGGCGACUACAAUACACUUAUAUUGAAGAGAAGAUAUAUGGUGAUGGCUUGGAAUAAGUAUCUUCUUGGUAAUAAGGGUGACUUCACUGAGGCAAUGAUGAUCAAUAACCACACGUCGGCUGCUGCCAAAAGCUCCCCGUUGGUUAAGAAAUGCCUGUCACACGAUCUCAUCCCAGACGAGUUCAAGAAAUCCAACUACAGAGUGCCCUCAACCGACUUCGGGGAUGAAGACAUCUACAAGGAGAUAAAAGAGGUUCUCCUGGAUCCCAACUACGCUCCUCUCAUGCGAGAAGACCUGGAAGGACUCCCAGAGACUUACAUCCUGACCGCCGAGUAUGACAUCUUGAGGGAUGACGGCAUCAUGUACGCCAAGCGACUGGAGAAGGCCGGAGUGCCAGUUACUUGGAAGCACUACAAGAAGGGUUUUCACGCCUUGUUUGGCGAUUUUUUCCCCACUGAUGUGGGUAAGCAAAGCAUUAAUGAUUUCCUGCAAUUUGCACGGGAGAAACUGUAAGCGCACGACAGAAAAAUGUGAUUUAUUUUGCUUUGAUUUUCCUUUUUUUUGGUCAAUAAGUAUUUGGUAAAUAAAACAGAGUACAUGUACAUCUAAAAAAUAAUUUGUGUGAUUGUAAACAGUGCGAAGCAUGAAGAUGAUGUAAUGAUUAUCUAAAUGAUGUGAAAUGAUUCUGCAGUUUCCGCGGAAAAAAAUCUGUAAGCGCAUGAGUAUUUCUGAAGCCUGAGUAAAAGGGUGCGUGAAUAUCGAAGUUUUCUAAUGCAUGCAAUACAUAAAAAUACUCAUUUGUGUCCAUUUCACUUUAUUUCCAAGCUCCGCGUUGCCAUUUCAAGAGCGUGCCUGUGUAGCUUUAUAUGCUAUGGAUAUUUUCCAAAUUAAUGAGCAAAACUCUGAUGCCAUUCAAGGCAGAAGCAGUUUCAGCACCAAAAGUCGCCAGAAUGUUGGACUGUUGCUGUGGUACAUUUUCUAUUCUGUGUGAUUCAUAACAGUACGUCACUUAGCAAAACUUAUACAAAAAUGUUUACAUUCAUUUGGGUUUGUUUGGGGUUUUUUGGCUCACAAUUUGAACAGAAAUCUACCAACCUGUACACUUCUCAAAAAUUUCUACAAAAAAAGGUUUUCUCAAAGUCGAGAAAUAUUUCAGAGGACUGGAAAUUUGCUUAAAGUUUUGUUCGGUUGCUAUUUAUAAAUCAAUUAUACAUUUUCGAUACAGCAAACAGUGUGACACAUAUUGCUGUAAUUAUUUUGAGUCGUGUUAACUACCAUUUAUGGAGGGCCUGUUUGUUUGGUUGAUUGCAUCAGUAUAAAAAAAACGUAAAUGCUUGUUUCAGCACAUGCCUUAGACGUUUAAAUAGUAUAAUCAAUUUUCUUUGAGAACUUUUUUUAGAUCUGACAGGCAAACAACCCGUUAAAUGUAUUAAUUAAACUUGAAAAUGUGUAUUUAGUUUCAUGACUUAAAAUUCAUUGAUUGCACUUUUCCUUAAGUUUAUACAUUUCAUUAACUUCAUACAUACAGUUUUUGUCAGCGCUUGUUUAUUCAGGAGCUUGGCUAAAUUAGGUUU